CAUGCCUUCAUCUCUAGAACAAUAUGCCUACAACCUCCUCGACAAGGGCGUUAUACCAGACUUCAUUGUUCGCAUCGCCAUUCGCGCCCUUCUCCGUCAACGUCUUCGCGAAAUAGACAGUGGCUCCUUUGAAGCCAGCCAUGCCGCCAAGAUGAAGUGGAUAGAAGACGUGCGCGCUCGCAAGACCGUCGCAGAGCAGACGGACAAGGCCAACGAGCAACACUAUGAAGUUUCCACAGAAUUUAUUCUCUCGUGCCUUGGACCAUAUGCCAAGUACUCCUCGUGUCUAUAUCCCACUGGCAAGGAGACCCUUGCCGAGGCUGAGGUCCUCAUGCUGAACAGCUACUGCGAGAAAGCACAGCUAGUUGACGGUCUUGAUAUCCUUGACCUUGGCUGUGGAUGGGGCAGCCUGUCGCUCUUCCUCGCCGAAAGAUACCCCAAGUCCAGAAUAACAGGUCUCUCGAACUCGAGUACCCAGAAGGCAUAUAUUGAUGCAACCGCGAAGGAGAAAGGAUUGACGAAUGUCACAAUCAUCACGGCAGACGUGAACUACUACAAUUUCGACGAAAACACACGCUUCGACCGCAUCCUAUCCAUCGAGAUGUUCGAGCACAUGAAGAACUACCAUGCCCUCCUCUGCAAAGUCGCGUCGUGGCUCAAGCCCCACAGCACCGCGCACGGCGACUCCCUCCUCUUCGUGCACAUCUUCUGCCACCGCACCACGCCGUACCACUUCGUCGACGACAACGGCUGGAUGGCGCAGACGUUCUUCUCGGGCGGGACGAUGCCGUCCCACGAUCUCUUUACCUACUUCCAAGACGACCUCACCCUCCUCCGGAGCUGGUACCUCUCCGGUGCACACUACUCGCGCACGCUCGAAGACUGGCUCCGCAAGCAAGACGCGCACGGCGCGCGCGGGCUCGCCGAGCUCGAGCGGGACGCGGACAAGAAAGGCGUGCCGCGCGCGGAGGGAAGGAAGGCGUUCUACCGGUUCCGCGUGUUUUAUAUGGCGUGCUCGGAGCUGUUUGCGUUUAAUGGUGGACAGGAAUGGGGUGUCGGGCAUUACCUCUUCAAGCCCAAGCACUAGUGGACGCUGAUUUGAAGUGGCCAUAAGCUCGCACUCUGAGUCUAUCCCUUCCAGUUCCAGAGCACAUCCAUUACGGUGUUAGCACGGUAUCUAGAUAAAUAUAUGUACAUCUUGUGCACCUAAUUCCGCG